AUGAAUCGCGUAAAUCUCCUACGAGAAUUAUCUGUACCAACAGUGGUGGCGAUUGCCGUAAUAGGAAUUACUGUAGCCCAGUUGCAAACAGGGACCGGUCAACAACUACCGGCAGGGACCGGUCAACAACAGGAACAAGUUUGUAUGUCCCAGUUCGAUACAAAUUUGGGUCCAAGAUGUUUUGAAUCAUUUAAUGUCAGCUUUGAAGGUGUGCUCUUCAUAAUUAGCCAGGGUCAGAAUGGUCAGUUGCCAGCUGGUACCACCGCUGAAGCAUUAAGAGAUCUUACUUGCCAGCAUGCCAGACUAGAUUUAAUUAUUCCCUGCGUUCUUCAGCUCAUGAAUUUUUUUACAAACCAAACAUCGUGUGCUCAACAGGAACGGGAAAUGAUUGAUGGUAGCGCCAAACGACUUCUCACCAUCAUGGAUCAACUCUGUAUCCAACCCUGUGAGAUUGAGACUAGCCAGAGAGCCAUGCAAUGUUUUGCUUCAGCCCAAAUUGACCCUAACAGAGCUAUGAAUUCAUCCAUGGUUGCUGAUAAAUUCGCUAUUCUAGGUAAUACAACAGCUGAAAUACAACGAUUUUGCAGUAACCAUAAUACACUGUUUACCUGUUUGGACACGGAAAAAGCGAAAUGUCCUGCCUUUGAGAACAGAAUGUAUGAAAUGGGUAUAGAUUUUACAUCAAUGAAGCUAGCUACUGCUGUUCUUUGUCAGCGACAACAAGAAUAUGUGAACGGCCUCCAGUGUUUCUCCCAAUACAUGGCAUCAACGCAACAAUGCCUGAUGACAACUGGCAGGGGUGUACAAGAAUUGAUGUUAGGUCGAUUUCAGACCGGUGCUGUCAGGCCCUCUGAAAUGACCGACAGAUUUUGUGCAUUAAGACUUCAGAAAGUGCCAUGUGAACUACAGGUAUACAGUCAAUCCUGUGCAGAAAACCUCAACACUUUAAGAAACCAAUUUGAGUGUAAUAUACUUGCCGCUCCGUGUAGGAACAAUCCGAAUUUUAAACAAAUCGUUGACAGUAUGUGUCAAUCUAGCGCACCACAGGCAGGGCAGGGUAUCAUCCCCCAACCAGCUGUUCCGGUCAUCAACACCAACAUUAACGAUUUUGCCAAGCCCCAAAACAAUAUAAAUAUGAACACCAAUGUUGGUAAUUCAGUUAUGCAAGGAGCAAGUCCCGAUAGUGGUGCUAGAAGCUUUUCUGGUUGUAUUUUUACCACUUCUGUGCUUUUAUUUGGCGCGAUUUUGUUAUUUUAAAUCUUUUUGAAUAAUAAAAGCGAUACAUACGGUAUAAUGAACUUUUUUUUGAAUUUGUUGAAAUAGUUAUCUUCUGAUAAGAUCGCCAUAUACAAUGUAACACUGAUAGACUAAAAUAAUUUCGCGAAUCGUCUCUUGUUAAUGAUCCAGUAAAAUUGUAUGGCUUGAUGACUCCAUUGAGUUACAUUUAAAUCAACAUGACAUACAAUAUAGUAGAUAUUGAAGAUGCUAAGCCAUUGGUGAUAUUGGGGGAUAUCUGUAACGACACCUUAUGGAUAAGUUCGACAUAGCAUAUAUACCUAGAUCAAAUUACGCCCUCAUGUAAAGACUGUGUAGCUGAAUAUUACAUUUCCACAUUAAAGGAAUUGAGUUAUUAUAUCUUUUGUUGGCAAAUCCUACAAGAUACAAGGAUUAACUUAUCGGUCUGUUAAGCUGGGGAUAAUCUUCAAAGUAGACAUUAUCAUGUAGUAAAUCUUUCACAGUCUAUAUAUAUCCAUUACAAUUUUCUUCAUUUGUAUAUUUGUAUAUAUUUUAAAUUCAUAUGUAUAUUUAUGUAAAUAAACUUAUCACAUAAACGGCCAAUGUAGUAUCUGAAUAUUAGGGGUUUGUUAGUUCAAGGCUCAAACUAUUCAGCAGUGAAUAUAUUGGUUUGGCCGCUAUGAUCACUAAAAUGAAUGACUAUUGACAUCCGUGCGUGUUAAUUAGCUCUCAAAAUUAUCUGUUUCUAUACGCCCACAUUAUAUUGUCGCACCUGUCCGUCAACAAUUUGUUA